AUGGACAGCGUUCGAGCUGGGCCAUUCGGUCAGCUGUUCCGCCCGGACAACUUUGUGUUUGGGCAGACCGGCGCCGGAAACAACUGGGCUAAGGGACACUACACGGAGGGGGCCGAGUUGAUUGACUCGGUGCUUGACGUCGUCCGCAAGGAAGCGGAGGGAUGCGACUGCCUUCAAGGCUUUCAGCUGUGCCACUCUCUCGGAGGUGGCACUGGUGCAGGCAUGGGAACGCUGCUGAUCUCCAAGGUUCGUGAAGAGCGGCUUAGUUGCAGUAAUUUUUGGGCAGUCGCCACGCUUUGA